UUUCUAUCACAGCAUCCUUCAUCUCGUGCUGAGCUUCCUUUUAACAACGUGCUUGACGUCUCACAUAGGUGUGGUGAAAUAGUGUGUACUCGUAAGCGAUCCGUUUCGCGUAAUUAACAAGUGGCUAAUAAUUUGCGACUUUUCCUAUCAAGCGAAGAAGGACUUGAUUUUCCGAGUAUCAUAAGCCACAAUGUGAAACGUGACGAACUGAUAAAGUUAUAACACAAGUCUCUCGGAAUAGUUGUUACUACGAUUACAAUUCGAACGUAAGCAGUAAUGGCGGUUGGGCGUGUUGCAGGGACGGGCAAUAUCGGAUAUUCUUCAAAUUAUCGCGGUGGAGGUAGGUCCUAUCAUGGAGGAAUAAACGAAGAAAUAAUAUGGAUCAGUAUUGGAAUGGCAAUAACCAUAGGCAUUCUAAUCACGCUGGCACUGAUCUACCUUGCUUAUGAGAAGUGCCAAAAACGACGAAACCAUUACAUUCACGCGUAAAAGCCCAUUUGGAGAGCAAUGCAAAGCGUAUGGACCAACACUACCUGGUAACAAUCUUUUACCCAGAAGUAAUUAUAAUCAAAGAUCGUUUCACAUUCAGUCACAUAUACAAUUAUUUUGGAGCACUAAAAUGUUGAAAAGGCUAGCACCAUUUAGGUCAAGGAAAAAUGUUAUAUUGGAUAAGUAAUUAUAUGUAACGAUGAGUCAUUAAUAAAUGAUAAAUGUUUCCAAAAAA